UAACUCCCACUCAGACAUGUCUGCACUAGUGGGAGAGGGGCGGGUCAUAGCCCAGAGGGUCACCAGAAGCAUCACCUACUACUACACCAGCCGGACACCAGGGGGCGAUACCCCCUCCCCCUCUCCUCCCACCAUCUCCCCCACCCCCUCCUUAUCCUCCCAUCUAGACACUCCUCUUCCCUCCUAUUCCCUCUCCACCCCCUUUCUCUCAGACACGCCCUCUCACCCCACCAUUUCCUCAACUCUAACCCCUUCCGCUUCGGAUGUACCACCCCUCUCUCCAUCCUCGCCCUCCUCCUCCUCCCCCCGUCCCCUCCUCCUGCUCCUCCCUUGGCUUGGCGCCAAACCGGGGGCCAUGGCGAAGUACCGGGACCUCUACCUGGAACGCGGCCUGGACAUCCUAUCUGUGGAGAGCGCCGUGUGGCACUUUCUGUGGCCUCGCUGGGGGCUGGAGUAUGGGGCCGAGGUCCUGGAGAUUCUGGAUGACCCACGUUUCAAAGGGCGCCCCCUUCUGGUCCAUGCCUUCUCCAUCGGCGGGUACACCUUCACCCAGCUGCUUAGCCAGAUGGUCAGGGAGCCACACAAGUACCCGGGCCUGGCCCAACAGGUCGUAGGACAUGUGUAUGACAGCAUGGUGGUCGGGUCGCUGGAGCAUAUGGCUACAGGUGAGAGAGAGGGGAAGGAAAGGAGGUAGGAUUGUCGGUUUGGAUUAUUACUCUGAGAAAGUAGAGGGAUCUGUUACUGAGACUGUGUGUGUGUGUGUGUGUGUAUGUAUGUGUGUGUGUGUAUGUGGGUCAGUGUUUGUGUGUGUGUGUGUCUGUGUAUUUAUGUGUCUGUGGGUGUGUGACAGAGAAAACGCCUGCACUUUGCAUCUGUAUUUGUCACAAUGUUGCUGUGUGUGUUGAAGACCUAGUAAUCAUACUCCCACCUUAUCUCCUCUCUUGUGUUUACUGUAUGGGGAAAUGACAUGGGCCUAUCCAAUUGAUUUAACAAUAAUUUAAAUGUAAUUAACCUUGACCUGUAAAUAAAAUAAUCUAUGUGUGUGCCUCAGGCCUGGGCAAGACCUUGUUCCCUCGUAUCGAGCCCCUGGUGCGAUACACCGCUAUGCUAUACUUCUGGCUCUUCAAGUCCCAGACGGUGCACUACUACGACAACGCAGUCCAGGUCUUCUACAACAGCCCCGUCACCGCCCCGGCGCUCUUCUUCUUCUGCGAGAACGACGUGCUGUGUGACCCCGUCGCCAUGGAGGCGGCCAUCUACUUCUGGAGGAAGCGGGGCGUUGCUGUGGAAACCAGGAAGUGGAAGGAGUCUGUGCACGCCGCUCAUCUACGCUGUCACCCGGAGGAGUACCUCUCCACCUUGGAGAAAUUUAUGAUCUCGCUCAACGUCGCCCCCCUCAGGGAGAACAUG